AUGAAAUGCAGGAAGCUACGGAUCACAAUUUGCUCCUAUAUCAGAGCAAUUGAGCUCAUGAGCAGUAGGGAUGAUAAUGAGGAUUCAAAUUGGCCUUUGAGAAGCUACCAAGAAGGAAUGCACUCGAACGUCAUGAAAGUAAGAGAAAAAGUAUUUGUUGAUCUAGUCAGCAGUGAGGAUGAUGAUAUGAAGGGAGGAGAAAAAGUAUUUGUUGAUUAUCUGAUUCAUAUGAUGAUGAAUGAUGGUUAUGAUAACCAGUAUAAUUAUGAAGAUGACGAUGAAGAAGAAGGUGGAGGCUUUGAUGCCGGUGCUGGACUAGGUGGUGGACGGUUCGGUGGUGGUGGCGAACUUGGUGGCCUUGGCGGUGGCUUUGGUGACAGAGCUGGUGUUGGAGGUGGGCUAGGUGGAGGUGCCGGUCGUGGUUUUCGUGGAGGCGGUGGGCUCAGUGGCUUAGGCGAUUGA